AUGACAUCCAUCGUCCCCUUUCAAGCCACCGAUUUAUUCCGGCUCAAUCCAGUGAACUUAGAUGUCUUCACAGAAAAUUUCCCGCUAACGUUCUACUUCCAGUACCUUUCGGAAUGGCCAACGCUUUUCUACAAGUCAAUAGAACCAACAUACAACGUUGAAUUGCUAACAAACGAGUUUGUUUGCUCAGGAUAUAUGAUGGGUAAGACAGAAGGUAGAAAAAUGGAUUGGCACGCGCACAUUACCGCAGUCACUGUCAAUCCAGCUUAUAGAAGACUUGGGCUUGCAUCGCUACUAUGCGUCCAGUUAGAGGAAUUGACAAAAUCAGAUCCUUAUAAUGUGUAUUUCGUCGAUUUAUUUGUCAAAGUAACUAAUAAAUUGGCGCUUGUUUUGUAUGAGAAAUUGGGUUACUCGGUCUAUCGAAGGGUAGUGGGAUAUUAUGGAUCGAAUCCUAAUCCCCUGGUUAAAGAUGUUGACGACGAUACGGAUGCGUAUGACAUGAGAAAAGCAAUGAUGAGGGAUACAAAGAAGCAAUCAGUUCGAGCAAAUGGAAGAGACGUUCGUGUCUUGCCUCACGAAAUCAACUUCGAUUGA